CCAUCAAGUCUCAGAUUUAUCAGCUGCUGUAAAUGAUAUAAAAGCAAGAGAGAUGACCUACAGAUACAUCAGUGAGAUACAGUCCAUCACACAUCAUGACCUUCACCAUCUUCUCCAUCACCUGCUUUGCUCUGGUGGCCUCUGCUCUGGGUUGUGGAGUGCCUGCGAUUAAGCCACAGACGAUCGGCAGCAAGAUUGUGAACGGACAGAAUGCCAUCUCUGGUUCUUGGCCCUGGCAGGUCUCUCUUCAGCUGCCCAGUGGUUUCCACUUCUGUGGAGGAUCCCUGAUCAACCAGAACUGGGUUCUCACUGCUGCCCACUGCGCUGUCGUGGUCGGCUAUCACCGUGUCAUUUUUGGAGAGCAUAAUCAUGGCUCCAGUGUUGAACCCAUCCAGGUCAAAUUAGUUUCCAAGGUCAUCCCCCAUCCGCUCUACAGCAGGGCGACCUUCAACAAUGACAUUGCUCUGCUGAAACUGUCGUCUCCAGUCACACUGACUCCCCGUAUCUCUCCUGUAUGUCUGGCUCCAUCAACCAUCAACAUCCUGCCUGGAACCCGCUGCUUCACCACUGGCUGGGGUAGAACUGCCACCACAAGGGUCUGGUCUCUGGUGGGCUCUGUGUCCUGGGGAAGAAACACUUGUGACACCCGUUUCCCUGCAGUCUACGCCAGCAUCUCCCAACUGCGCUCCUGGAUCGACAGGACUAUCGCUUCCAACUAG